AUGUUAGAUCUGUCUGAAAUCAGGCAGGAGUUCAUGGAGAGAGUGGCAGAUGCUACCAUCCAAACCCUGGAGUGCAGAAAUCCUCUUGAUACCUACGCUUAUCUCUGUCUGACUGACUUAGAAGAGUUUAUGAAAAUGGCGGAUGCUGGACUUCAAAGAGACGUGAAGAGGCGAGAUUAUUGUGGGCUGGGGAAGCAGAUAGAAUUCAGCAAAAGAUUUGAAAUGGAAGCUCCUUUUCAGUUUUGUGCAGAAAAUCCAUAUGCGCAUCUUGAUAAGGCUGGAGAAGAAAUGUUACUACGGGAAAAAGAAAUGUUACUGGUGCAGGAAUCCACAAGGCUCUCUGAAGAAAUUGUUCCAGACUACAAGCAAAUGGAACAAUGUCAAAAAGAAAGGGAGUUGCUCAAGAAAGUGUGGGAUAUCAGUGUUUACACUAAUAGCAGCAUUGAUGACUGGACUAAAACGCAGUGGAGGCAGAUUAAUGUGGAACAGAUGGAUAGAGAGCUCCGAAGGUCUGCCAAGGAAAUGUGGUCUUUGGAUAAGGGAGUUCGUUCCUGGGAUGUAUAUACAGGCUUGGUGUUAAAGGUGAAGGAUAUGAUGACAUCACUGAGGGCAAUACUGGAAUUGCAAAAUCCUGUAGUCAGAGGAUCGUUACUAGCAAGCAAUUCUGAAAAGCCCGAAGAUGCAAACAGGUUUGAUGGAAUCAAUACCAACUUCAAAUUAAUGAUUGACACAGCAAAUACAAAAAAUGUGAUAGCAGAUACAAUCAAACCAAAGCUGUAUGACAAAUUUGAAGCUUUGCAGCACAGACUUUUUCUUUGUGGAAAAGUUCUGGCUGAAUAUUUAGAAACCAAGCACAUAGCUUUUCCUUACUUCUAUUUUGUUCCUUCAGCUGAUUUGCUAGACAUUCUUUCAAAAGGAAGACAGCCUAAAAAGGUGACCCAUCAUCACCGACUUUUGGGCAACGUUGCUGAUCUUAAAUUUCAAGAAAAUAAAGAAGAAUUUACAAUUACACAUGGCAUGUAUGGCAGAGGAAAGGGAUAUCUUCCAUUCCAGGAAGAAUGUGAAUGCGAUGAUCAGGUAGAGGCUUGGCUGCAACAACUUGAAGAAACUGUACGCAAAGCUGUGCGUCCCUACAUUAUGGAGGCAAAAUUGACUUAUGAAGGAAAGCAGAGAGAACAGUGGGUUUUUGACUCCUCAGCCCAAGUUGCACUUACUAGUUCACAAAUCUGGUGGGUUUCAGAUGUAGAAAUGGCAUUCAGUAGGCUGGAAGAGGGUUUGGAAUCAGCCCUGAAGGAUCACAACAAGAAACAGGUCGCACAACUAAAUGCUCUUAUUGCCCUGUUGCUUGGAGAACAAGGUGUACAGAAGAUCAUGAGUAUUUGCACUAUGGAUGUUCAAGUGGUAGCAAGUCUUGUUGCUCAGAAGGUCACCAAUUCCCAAGCUUUUGCUUGGUUGUCACAGCUACGCCACAGAUGGGAAAGCCCAGAAUACUGUUUUGCCAGCAUUUGCGAUGUUCAGUUCCAGUACUUUUAUGAGUACUUGAGAAAUACCCCUCGACUAGUUAUUACACCUUUGACUGACAAGUGUUAUAUUAUUCUAACCCAAUCUCUUCACCUAACAAUGAGUGGUGCUCCUGGAGGACCAGCUGGCACAGGUAAAAUGGAAAUCACCAAAGAUCUGGGCCAUGCCCUUUGUGUGAUGGGAUACGUUUUCAGCUGUUCUGAGCAGACAGAUUACAAGUCUGUAAGGAAUAUCUAUAAAGGUUUGGUCCACAUAGGAGCUUGGGGAUGCUUUGAUGAAUUCAGUCUCAUCUCAGAAGUUGUGUCAGUGGUGGCAGUGCAAGUAAAGACUGUGCACGAUAUGAGUAGAAACAAGAAAAAGAAAUUUUUAUUCCUUGGUGAAAACAGUACAUUGAAAUCAUCAGCUGGAAUAUUUACUACUGCGAACCCAGGAUAUGCAGGUUGGACAGAACUACCUGAAAAUCUCAAAGCGCUUUUCGGAGACUGUACCAUGGUUGUCCCUGACAUUGAACUGAUCUGUGAAGUUACAUUGGUUGCUGAAGGGUUUACUGAUACGCACUUGUUAGCCAGGAAGUUUAUUACCUUGUAUACUCUCUGGAGGGAUCUGGUUUCUAAGCAGAACCACUGUGACUGGGGAUUUCAUGCUAUCAAGUCAGUUUUGGUAGUUGCUGGCUCACUGAUGAACGAGAACAGACCUGAGGAUCAGGUACCUAUGCGAGCCUUAAGAGACUACAGUUUGCCUAAAAUAGUGACAGAUGAUAUCCCAGUUGUCAUGGGCCUGAUCAGUGAUCUGUUUCCAACUCUGGAUGCUCUGAGGAAGAGGGACCUGCAAUUUGAACAGAUGGUUAAACAGUCUCCCCUAGUGCUUCGCUUGCAGCCUGAAGAGAGCUUUAUUCUCAAAGCUGUUCAGCUGGAGGAGCUGCUGGCAGUGUGUCACUCUGUGUUUGCUGCUGGAAAUGCAGGGACCAGAAAAAGUAAGGUUCCGAAAAUUCUGCAUCACACGUACUUGAACAUGAAAUAAAAGGCUGUUUGGAAUGACCUUAACCCAAAAGCUCUGAUAACUGAUGAAGGGUUUGAUUUUAUACAUCACUCAAGCCAAGAAUGGAAAGAUGGUCUCUUGUCAUUUCUUCUAAGAGAGCAAGCUAAUAUUACCCAAGAUGGGUCAAAAUAGUUAGUUUUAGAUGAUGAUAGAGAUCCUGUGUGCAUUGAGUCACUCAACACUGUUACGGACGAUAAUAAUGCUUUACUGAUGGUUUCUAGGUUCUGACUCUCACUGAAUGAAGGUGUGCCUGUGACUCCAUCAGUGCGGCUGCUGUUUGAGGUACACGUUUUAAAAACUGCUACUCCAGCUACAGUGUCCAGAGCCUGUAUUCGCUCUCUGAACGUCCAGGACCUCGGGUGGAAUCCGUAUGUUGCCUGCUGGAUAGAAACAAGGAGAUAUGAAUCAGAAAAGGCUAACUUGACUAUUCUCUUUGAUAAAUAUAUGCCUCUACUUAGAAUAAGCCUUAAAACUGUUACUCCAAUUCCUGAGAAUAGUAUAGUGCAGACACUCUGUUCUCUGUUGAAUUGUUUGCUGACCCCUGAAAAUGUACCUCUGGAGCUCUGUGAGAUGUAUUUUGUCUUUGCUUGUGUUUGGACAUUUGGUGGGGCUUUUUCUCAAGAUAAGCUUCCAAAUUACCAAGCUGAAUUCAACCACUGGGGGCUUAAGAAGAUAAAGGCAGUGAAGUUUCCAUCUAAGGGCACUGUGUUUGAUUAUUAUCUUGAUCCAAAGGCAAGGAAAUUCAUGCCCUGGACUGAUAAGGUUCCGUACCUUGGUGUGGCCCCAGAUGCCCCUUUACAGGCAAUCCUUGUUCACGCAUCUGAGGCAGCACAUCUCAAAUAUUUUAUUGAUUUACUCUUAGCAAAGGGGAAACCAGUCAUGCUUAUUGGAAAUGCUGGAGUAGGAAAAACAGCGUUUGUAGGGGAUAAGCUUGUUGCUGUUUCUGAUGAUCUGCUAGCUAACGUUCCUCUCAACUUCUAUGGGACCUCAGCAUCUAUCCUGGAAGCCCCUAGGGGUUAUGCACUUCUGAUUGGAGUAGGUGGUAGUGGUAAACAAAGCUUGUUGAGGCUGGCAGCAUACAUCUGUUCCCUGGAGGGCUGCCAAAUCACGCUGAAGAAAAGCUGUGGGUUCCAGGACCUCAGGGUAGACCUUGCCAAUUUGUACAUCAAGACUGGCGCCAAGAACAUGCCCACAGUGUUUUUGCUGACAGAUGCCCAGGUUACAGAUGAACGCUUUCUUGUGCUGAUUAAUGACUUGUUGGCAUCAGGAGAGAUUCCACAUCUGUUCAGAAUGGAGGGCAGAGUUACAGGAAUUAGGAGAGAAGUCCAAGGCCUGAGACUAACUGGCACUAGAGAAAACUGCUGGAGAUUGUUUUUGGGUAGAGUGUGGCGACAAUUAAAAACCGUUCUGUGUUUCUCUCCAGUUGGUACCACGCUGAGAGCUCGAGCUCGGAAGUUCCCAGCCAUAGUUAACUGCACCGCUAUUGACUGGUUUCAUGAGUGGCCGCAGGAGGCCCUGCGCUCCACCAGCAGGAGGUUCAUUGAGGAAACAGAGGGGACUGAGGGACAGGUUUUCAAGCUCGACUCCAUUAGUGAUUUCAUGGUUUAUGCCCGCACAAGUGUCAAUCUGCUGAGUGCCAAAUACAAUCAUAAUGAGAAGCAAUAUGAUUACACCGCUCCAAAGAAUUUCCUGGAGCAAAUCAUGCUUUAUAAGAUCCUGCUAGAGAAAAAAGGCAAGGAGCUGUCAGAACACGUGGAGCACUUGGUGAAUGGCAUACAGAAGCUAAAGACAACAGCUUUUCAGGUAGAAGAUCUAAAAUCCAGUCUUGCUUCUCAAGAGGCAGAGCUGCAACUGAGAAAUCAAGAUGCCACAGCUUUGAUUGCUAAGAUAGGGUUUCAGACUGAGGAAGUGAGCCAAGAAAAGGCCAUUGCAGAUGCAGAGGAGCAAAAGGAUCUGGAUAGCAAUCUGUGUCAGCUCACAGCUUCAUUCAAGAAAGCAAUUGGAAAGACAGUCCGAAGUCAAGAUGAUAUGAACUGAACAAACCAAACUACUGAGCUGGAAAGGCUGGUCAAAGGACUUGAGUCUGAAAACACGCAUUGGAGCCAAUCUGUUGAUAAAGUCAAGGCACAAAAGAAGACUUUAUGUGGUGAUGUCCUAUUAACAGCCGUAUUUGUGUCUUACAUUGGACCUUUCACAAAACAGUAUUACCAGGAACUGAUGGACCAUCUCUGGGUUCCUUUUCUAAAAUCACAAAAGGUUCGUGUUCCCGUAACCGAAGGCCUGGACCUGAUUGCUGUGUUGACUGAUGAUGCUACGAUCGCAGCGUGGAGUGAGGGGCUGCCCAGUGACAGAGUGUCAGCAGCAAAUGCCGCUCUCCUAACGCACUGCAAGCGCUGGCCUCUCAUGAUAGAUCCCCAGCAACAGCAAAUUAAAUGGAUAAAGAACAAAUACAGAGCUGACCUUAAAGUCAUAUGUUUAGGACAGAAAGGGUAUGUGCCUACUACUGAAAGAGCUUUAACUUGUGAAGGCACUGUAUUAAUCAAAAACAUGGAUGAACCUUUGAUCCCAUACUUGAUCCCCCUGCUUGGAAGAAAUGCAGCUAAAAGGGGAAAGUAUAUCAAGAUUGAAGGCAAAGAAUGUGAAUCCAACAAGAAUUUCCAUCUCAGCCUUCACACUGAACUGGCUAGCCCUCACUACGAGCCCGAACUGCAAGGCUCAGUGCUUUGGGACACCCAAACCGAAGCCAAAGAAAAUGAAGCUCAAGCUGAGAAGGCAAGAGAGCCUUGCAGACCAACAGCCGUUAAAGCAUCUGUUCUUUAUUUUGUUAGCAAUAGUCGGGGCAACACCACCCGCAUGUACCAGUUCUCACUGAAGGUCUUCAGUGCAGUCUUCCAGAAAAAAAUUAAGCGGACUGAAGAAUCAGGAGAUGCUCAGUGGCGUAUCUGUAACCUAACAGAAGCUGUCACCUACUCCACCUUUCUUUUCACACGCCAAGGACUUUUUGAAAAGGAUAAGCUCAUUUUCCUGGCCCCAAAAAGCUUUUCAGGUGAGGAAAAAAAUUGGAUUCUUCUAAGAAGUAAAAAGACAGAACUCCUUGAAUUGGAUUUUCUGAUUUGAUUCACAGUUGAACACACUUACAAGAGUCCCAUUGACUUUUUAACUGCUCGGUUGUGGAGUGCCAUUAGGGCUAUUGCACUGCUGGAUGUGUUCAGGGGGUUAGAUAAAGAUAUUGAAGCAUCCACCAAGAGAUGGAAGAAGUGGGUGAACUCAGAAUGUCCCGAAAAGGAAAAGCUCCCCCAAGAACGGAAAAACAAAAGCUCUCUUCAGAAACUAAUCAUACUGAGGGUGCUCCAUCCAGAUAGAAUAACAUAUGCUCUUCGCAACUUUGUGGAGGAAAAGCUUGGCUCAAAAUAUGUGGAAAGCAUAAGGAUGGUCUCUUCAUAUGAAGAGAGCAGCCCAGCCAUCCCUGUGUUUUUCAUUCUGUCUCCAGCAGUAGACUGUCUUAAAGAUAUGGAGACAUUAGGCAAAAAGCUUGGGUUCACUAUAGAUUCUGGAAGAUUUCGUAACACAUGUUUAGGAUAAGGGUUGGAGGUGGCUGCAAAGGAGGCCCCAGAGAAGGCUGCCAAACAUGGCCAUUGGGUCAUUCUCCAAAAUAUUCCUCUAGUAGCCAAGUGGCUAGGAACUUUGGAUAUACUCCUGGAGCAAUGCAGUGAAUUAAGUCGUUCUGAUUUCCAUGUCUUCAUUAGCGCUGAACCAGCUCCAACUCCAGAAGAGCACAUCGUUCCUCAAGGAAUAUUAGAGAACUCAAUUAAAGUUGCCAGUGAACCUCCUACAGGGAUGCUAGAUAAUUUACAUGCUACACUCUACAGUUUUGACCAGGAUACCCUUGAACUGUGCACCAGAGAAAAAUAGCAGCCUUUUUCUCUGUGCUAUUUUCCCACUUGCAUUGCUGGGAGACUCAAGUUUGGCCUUCAAGGCUGGAAUUGCAGAUACCCAGUCAGUACUGGAGACCUCACCGUCUGUGUCAACGUCCUCUGCAGCUAUUUAGAGAUGCACACGAAGAUUCCGCAGGAAGACUUGCGUUAUCUCUUUGGUGAGAUUAUGUAUGGUGGCCACAUCACCGAUGACUAGGACUACAAGCUCUGUUACACAUAUCUGCAAGAAUUCAUAAGCCCACCUAUGCUUGAAGGGGAACUGACUCUGGCACCAGAUUUCUUAGUCCCACCAAAUCUGUAUUAUGCUAGAUACCAUAAAUACAUAGGUGAAAUGCUAUCACCUGAAAGCCCAGUACUAUAUGGACUGCAACAUGCUGAGACAGAAUACUUGCCAGCAACAUGAGAUAAUCUCUUCAAAACUCUUUUGGAAAUGCAACCCAGGAAUUCAUUUGCAGGAGAGGGAUCAGGCCAAUCUGCAGAGGAAAAGGUUAAGAAUGUCCUGGAUGAUAUUCUGGAGAAACUCCCUGAAGAGUUUAACAUGGCAGAAAUUAUGCAAAGACUACUUUCUCGCCCUUAUGCCCUUUUUUGCUCUCAAGAACGUGAGAGGAUGAGCCUUCUCAUUUCAGAGAUCUGUACGUCUCUUAAACAGCUGGACCUUGGUCUGAAGGGGGAGCUGAUGUUUUCUCCUCACAUGGCAAUGCUGCAGUCUGCAGUCUUCCAUGGGGCUGUGCCAGACACACGGACUAAACUAGCAUAUCCAUCCAUGUACAGCCUUGCUCACUGGUAUCUCUGCGCAAAUGUGUGCUGCAGUAUGCCUUUAUUCAGCGAGUCUCUGUCAGACUAUGGUGCUCCUGAUUGA